AUGCGUUACGCCAAUUUCUUGAGCUCCAGCACCUUACUCGCUGCCAUCAGUUGGUCGGCCAUCGUCACGCUGACGACGGCGCAAUCCUCCAACUUUGAUCUUGGUAACCUUGACCUAUAUCAGGGUACUGAUGGAAACGUUCCUUCUUUAGAGGGCGACAGCCUGUGGAUGACGGGAGCUGAGGACAGCGGAUUUCAUUUAGUCCUCUCUGCUGACCUCCAGAAGAAGGUCCAAAAAGGCCUUGAUGAUUGCGGAGACGUCAAAGAUGAAUGCUUCCAAAAGCUUCACCGAAUCAUCAGCUCUUCUACCACGCACAUAGACAAUGCUUUGGAGAAGCGUCACUUCGGCCACCUGCUCUCUAAAACCUUCAAGAAGGUUGGAGUCAUGUUCACGGUGAUUUCGAGCAUUCUACUGUGGUCGUGGGAGGAGAAGCAUACGCCUCCCUCGCCCGUCUGGUUCAUUCCCCAGGAAAAAGCCAGCUUGGCCUCUAAUGUUGCCAGCCCGGGGACUAUUGUCAUGUCUGGAGGCGGGGCACCCAUCAUGACGAUAACACCGCCUCCGGAUACACCCAGCGCAACUGGCUCCAUCACCCCAGAAGUGACCUUUGUGGCCACCGCAUCUGCAGGUCUUAAGGAAGGCGAUCGCAUUGUCAACAUGGACGUCGACUUCGCCAAGAGAUUCCAGGAUCUUCUCCACAUCUUCUCGGGCGAUGGGGCCUGCAAAGAGGGUCAAGGCUUUGUUGCGGACCAGACCUCCGGCCAGCAGGCGAGUCCCCGGUCCGGGGGGUGGGAUGCUGCCAUAUGCGCAGGUCUGGGUGUCAUGCCCCAGGUUCUUGACAAUGGCCCGUUGGGCGACCUCCGGGCAAUGGCACCACCUCAGCCCCCCAUCCAGUUCGACCUUGCCCAGGCGGCGGGUCGUGCUGCUCAGAUAGUCAUCGAGGCGGCGAGAGACUACGCCCCUCUUUUGAACAUCCCGGCCGAGCUCGCUGACGAAUACGGCGUGAUAAUCUUCGCCAUGGCUAUCAACGCGCUCGUGGAGAACAUCGAUCUCGGGAGUUCGAACACGAUCCGGGCCGCGUCGCUCGUGAGCAAGACCCAGGGACCAUCCGCAACGCCCACUCCGACCUGCACGGGGGCUAGGUCAUGCAAGGCCUUCUGCGGCGAGGUAGGUGCAAUCGAGCAAUGCGUCACCGAAUGCUCUACAGUCACGUCCGUAUGUGCGACUUCUACUACUGGAAAUCGCGUAAUCGUCACCGAGACAACUAGCACAUUCGCCUGGCCAACGGUACCGGUGUCUCAACCUACAGCGACGUGUGAGAGCAGCGAUUCGGGCCUGCAGUGGGAUAUCUUCUAUGGAAAGAAGUACAACGUCGUUCAGAAGUUUUGCCAGGCGGUAUCCGACGACCAACAGGCCGCCCACGCCUGGGUUGUUGACGAGUUCGGGAACGAGACUUCCUCGAAGUCCCGGAAGCGCUCCCCUCCAGUCACUCCUAAGACGUACAAAGACUACAGAAUCGGGCUUGAGUGGAAGCCGGACAGCAGUCUGAGCGAGGAUCCCUGCCCACGAAGCUGUACGGAGGCAUAUGAGGCCAUUGCCAAUGGACCAUGUGGCCAGAAUGGACGUCAAGGCCUGACCUUGGCCAUGUCCGGAUCUUGGAAUAUAGGAUGCGGCACUUACUCCUGGAAUGUCAAGCCGCCAUCGAAAAAGGAGCCGACAGCAAGACUGGAAGUCGGCGAGGUAACCUGUAACGAUCAGACACAGUUUGGGGCUUACAAGGAUGUCCACGAAGGCGAUGUGCAAUGGGCGGCCAUCGGACUUUGCGCCAGAGAGCGGAACACCGAGCUGGGUCCAGGUGAACAAUACCCUGCCGACAAGAAGGCUGCAAACAUCAAUGGUCACUGGAGGCAGUCGGAGUUGCAUGCUUGGGUUAAAUGGCGAGAGGGCUGCGUCACGACCGUGAACACGCAAAAGGUAGGUAACCCGCUGAAUACCGUGACCGAUGGUACCGUUACGGGACAAGACCCAUGCAUAACGACGUUGUUCAACAACUACAAGAAGUGCACCGGUAAUAAGGGGGCAGGAGGCCAAACCGACAUAGGAUGCUUGACUUACUUCUUGGGACCUGGGCAUGUAUGA